AUGGCCGAUACCACCCACACUCUCUCUCUCUUUCAUAACGACCUUUCCUUCUCUCUCUCCUUCCCGCAUUCCUCCCUUUCAAUACAAUCCCUCUCUUAUUAUUCCAUGAAAACUAUUGAUCAGUCUAUCUGUCUUUCUAUCUCUCGGGGAGAAUUUCUACCACACACUCUCUCUUUCAUUCAACAUUUCUUUCUCUCUCUUAAUCCCCUUCUAAAAAUUCACUCAAUUAUUAUCUCAUUAAUUCUGUUUAUCUAUCUAUCUAUCUAUCUAUCUAUCUAUCUAUCUCAGUCUCUUCAUUCUAUCUAUCUAUCUAUCUAUCUAUCUAUCUAUCUAUCUAUCCCAUUCUCUUCAUCCCAUCUAUCUAUCUAUCUAUCUAUCCCGUUCUCUUCAUUCUAUAUAUCUAUCUAUCUCAGUCUCUUCAUUCUAUCUAUAUAUAUAUCUAUCUAUUCCAGUCUCUUCAUUCUAUCUAUCUAUCUCAGUCCCUUCAUCCUAUCUAUCUAUCUAUCUAUCUAUCUAUCUCAGUCUUUUAAUUCUAUCUAUCUAUCUAUCUAUCUAUCUAUUCUCUUCUCUUCUUUCUAUCUAUCUAUCUAUGUAUCCCAGUCUCUUCAUUCUAUCUAUCAAUCUAUCUAUCCCAGUCUCUUCAUUCUAUCUAUCUAUCUUAUUCUCUUCAAUCUAUCUAUCUAUCUAUCUAUCUAUCUAUCUAUCUAUCUCAGUCUCUUCAUUCUAUCUAUCAAUCUAUCUAUCCCAGUCUCUUCAUUCUAUCUAUCUAUCUAUCUUAUUCUCUUCAAUCUAUCUAUCUAUCUAUCUAUCUAUCUAUCUAUCUAUCUAUCUAUCUCAGUCUCUUCAUUCUAUCUAUCUAUCUAUAUAUGUAUAUAUCUAUCUAUCCCAGUCUCUUCAAUCUAUCUAUCUAUCUAUCCCAGUCUCUUCAAUCUAUCUAUCUAUCUAUCUAUCUAUCCCAGUCUCUUCUAUCUAUCUAUCUAUCUAUCUAUCUAUCUCUCUUCAUUCUAUCUAUCUAUCUAUUUAUCUAUCUAUCUCAGUCUCUUCAUUCUAUCUAUCUAUCUAUCUAUCUAUCUAUCUAUCAUCCCAGACUCUUUCAUCUAUCAUCUAUCUAUCUAUCUAUCUAUCUAUCUAUCUAUCUAUCUAUCUAUCUAUCUAUCUAUCUAUCUCAGUCUCUUCAUUCUAUCUACCUAUCUGCUUCUCUUCAUUCUAUCUAUCUAUCUAUCUAUCUAUCUAUCUAUCUAUCUAUCUAUCUAUCCCAGACUCUUCCUUCUAUCUAUCUAUCUAUCUACUUCUCUUCUAUCUAUCUAUCUAUCUAUCUAUCUAUCUAUCUAUCUAUGCCAAUCUCUUCAUUCUAUGUAUCUAUCUAUAUAUCUAUCCAUGUAUCUAUCUAUCCGCUUUUCUAUUUAUCUAUCUAUCUAUCUAUCUAUCCGCUUCUCUUCAUUCUAUCUAUGUAUCAAUCUGUCUAUCCCAGCCUAUUCAUUCUAUCUAUCUAUCUAUCUAUCUAUCUAUCUAUCUAUCUAUCUAUCUAUUCCAGUCUCAACUGCAAAUGGCUACAAUGAGAUAAUACAUCAGUACCAAUCGCUACUGUCACCGUCAACACAUAACGAGCCUGUGAAACACCACGCCACUCAUAGCAUUAAGCCCACAGGUCCUCCAGUUCAUUCUCAACCUCGUAGACUCCAUUCGAGUAAACUGAAAAUAGCUCGUGACGAAUUUGACAACAUGCUCAAACUUGAUGUAAUCCGUCCUUCAGCCAGUCCUUAUGCCAGCCCUCUACAUAUGGUUGUUAAAGCUGACUCAGCUAGUUGGCGUCCGUGCGGCGACCACAGGUUACUAAACGCGGAGACCGUCCCGGACAAAUACCCAAUCCCGCAUAUUAAAGAUUUCGCCCUUUGGCUAAAAGAAUAUUCACCUAGCUCGAUCUUAAAAAGUCCCCCUCCACAAAGAAAUCCACUCCCUCCAUAUCCUCUGACCCACCACCUUCCCCCCGUCCCUCAACCUCUCUUUGUAGAGGGAAGCCUCCACUUGCUUCUCCGUCCCAAAUUCCUCUCAGUAGAGACCCCAGCCCAUUUAGACAACCAUAUACACCCCUGCAAUACCCCAGUCCUUCCCCUACUAAAUCUCCUCUUUUUGCAUCAUCAUCUCACAAUUACAAAAACAGAUAUUGUCGUUUGUCCCCAUUGGUGUCUUUUUCUCUCUCUCUCUCUCUCUCUUUCUCUCUCUUAG